AUGGGGGAUUGCAUAAUAUCAUGUACGAUUCAUCAAGCGUGGUGCAGUGGACCUGGCGGGUACGCUCAGUUCGUCCCGUUAACUUCCAGAGGUGGCUUAGACCUGACGCCGCCUUUCUCAUUGUGUAGUAUCUCUGUCGUCAGUCCUAUUGGAAACAGUAGGGCAACCGGGGUCAUAGACACCACUGUGGCAAAGCAGCUCAUAGACAAGAUUUACGAGAAGAGAAAGGCAGCCGCUCUCGAAUCAGAGAAGCAGAUUCGGGAAUGCCACCAGCAAAUCGACCACCGUCGUAUAACACAGAUCAUUGAACAGCUGGUGGAUAUGUUCAGCAAUUCACCAAAUCUCCUUCACAUCAGAAACGGAGGACUCGUUGACAUAGCUGGUACAGCCAUUGCCCUCGGCAUGGACGUCGCCUCGUACAUAGAAAUUCAUCGAACCCAAAACAGAAUACGAUAUCUCUCCGCCGAAUGUCUGUACAACAUCGCCAAGGUAUCCAAGGGCGAGCUAGCUGAUUCAGAGUUAUCGGUCAAGAAUGGGGCGGAGCUGCCUGAUAGAAUUCUGAAGGAUAUUGUGGCAGAGACAGCUUCGGUGUAUAUUCCGCAGUAUCCAGAGACGGUGAGGAUUCGCGACCUGUUCGAUUCUCAGGAGCAGAGUAGGAUAUAUGUCCCUGGUUCAUUCACAAGGAGCUACUUGGCAUCGUGGAUAGCAGUGCUUGACUCGGUCGAGGAGCUCGAACUUCUAACAUACCUCCUAGAGUUCCUAGACGGCCUCCUGAAGCACUUAUCAGACCCCACCGAGGAUGUGCGCCCUUCUGAUCUACGACGCUCAGAUGAGAAGCUUCCUGACAUCACGAUGUCUCACUCUGAACGCGCACGUUUCAUCACCAAGAGUGAAUUUGGCCACGAUCAUGAUGGAGAGCACAGUUUCAAGGAUGAGCACAAAUCAGAAGACUAUCGCGGCACUGGAGCCUCAGUUCCUGGGCAGGGUGUGCGGAGAGACUAUGCAGCCAUAAUAGAAAUUCUCAUGACAACCAACGUGACCCUUCGUUGGUUCGCCGAGUUCUUGACCUUUCUGCCCGAUGUCAUGACGCCCCGUCUUAUUCCUGCCAUACUCCCGAAUCUAGCACACCAUCCACCGUCCAGAGAUGCCUCUUCUCCCGAGUCCGUGGGUGAUAACCGGCCAUCGUCUUCAUCCGAUAAAACCACCAUGACGCAGCGUCCUCGCUCAGGGACAAUGCAAACUACUGUCAUGGAAUCUUCGAGCAGGCCUCGAUCUCGCACGUCAUCAAAUAGUGUAGUGGGUGCUCCGCCACCUCCGCCAGCUCCAGCUCCAGCUCCAACGCCUCCUUCACCCGCGACAGUUAAUGAGUUGACGAUACAGUUUUUGAGCCAGCAUGAGCAGAUUAGGGUUGCUGCACUGAAGUGGCGCAUAAUGCUGCACCAGAAAGCACUGAAGCAGAUUCUUGCGAUGGAUGAUGGUACUUUCCCGGCGUUGCGUCAGAUUCGUCCGAAGAGGUACUCAGAUCUCCCCGCGCAAACAUUGUCCUCCUCAGAAGAGAGCUACUUCAAGGAUUUCAUGAUGGACCUUUUCGAACUCUUCAGCACAGAUAGGAAGCUUCUUGAGGCCUGCGGCAGUCCUAUCAUCCACCAGUCGUGUCUCAGUCUCAAUACGGAGAGGAUAUAUGAGACAUUUGCAGAAAUUUUGGAGAAAGAAGAGGUUGCUCGUCUUUUGUGGUCCCUAAUGCAAUCGAACGUGCAGAUGCUGAAUAUGAUCCUGAUCACUUUGCCUGAACAGUUCCGAAAACGGCUGAAGGGCCUUGAGACAAGGCAAGAUGGUCAGGCGCUGUUCACCACGCUUUACAGGUCAUGGUGUCAUAAUGCGAUUGCAGUGUUUUCGUUGUGCAUGCUUGCGCAGGAUUACGAGCAUGCAUCAAAUUUACUAUCUAUCUUAGACCUACACCUUCAACUCCUCGAGCCUGAGCGUUACCCCUACUUGUUCAAGUGUCUAUAUGGGUUGCUCAUGCUACUCCCCCAAUCCACCUCUUUCGUCUCACUCCAUAGCCGUCUCAACGGAGUCAACUCUGCCGGCUUCCUCCACAUUGCCCCAAAAGCGUGAGUUGACCCACUCUCAUUUCAUCAUGUGCUAUUGUUAACCAAUACGAGGACACCCAACCCUAUCGCCUCACGCUCUGAGCUCGGCCGCGGUGAGACAAAAUGGCAAGAACUUCUCGAUCAUUUCGCUCGCUACAAAGCAAGCACGAGAAAGCGCGAC